CUCUGUUUUGAGACUUGCGGCGAAGGAGAAGAUGCAGAUAUUCGUAAAAACAUUGACUGGCAAGACCAUUACCCUCGAGGUUGAGAGCAGUGACACCAUUGACAAUGUCAAGGCAAAGAUCCAGGACAAAGAAGGAAUCCCUCCGGAUCAGCAGAGGUUGAUCUUCGCCGGAAAACAGCUCGAAGAUGGUCGCACCUUGGCUGACUACAACAUCCAGAAAGAGUCGACUCUGCAUCUUGUCCUGAGGCUAAGAGGAGGUAUCAUUGAGCCCUCUCUGAUGGCUUUGGCUCGUAAGUACAAUCAAGACAAGAUGAUCUGCCGCAAGUGUUAUGCUCGUCUGCACCCAAGGGCUGUCAACUGCAGGAAGAAGAAGUGUGGCCACAGCAACCAGUUGAGGCCGAAGAAGAAGAUCAAGUGACCUGUUUUGAUUUUUCACGAGAAGCUCAUUUAUAUAUGUUAUGUUUUUGUGUUUCUCUUGAAAGACAUCUCUAGUGUUUUAACACAAAAACUCGUUUCAGUCAAAUUUUGAUGUUAAAAACUA